CUCACAUUAUUAUUAUGGGUUCCAUUGAGUCACCUUUGGCCACUCGAACCACAGCUAUGCUCGAGACCUCCUGCGGCUAUCUACUACAAGAACUGCAGAUGAUUUGGGAUGAAGUUGGUGAAGAUCAAGUUGAAAGAGAAAAAGUUCUAGUAGAUCUUGAGCACGAGUGUCUUCAGGUUUAUCGAAGGAAAGUCGACAAUGCAAACAUGUCACGCGCACGGUUGCAUCAAGAGUUGGCCGAUUCUGAAGCUCAGUUUACUCAUCUUCUUUUGUCACUUGGUGAACGUUCACUUCCUGCAAGGCCAGAGAAAAUGGCGGGGACGCUAAAAGAGCAACUAGGAGCAAUUGCUCCGGCGCUACAAAAGAUGCAAAUGAGGAGAGCAGAGAGGAUGAAACAGUUUCAAACAGUACAAUCACAGAUUAAGAAAAUUUCAGCAGAAAUUGCUGGUCAAUCUGAAUAUGACGAUUCAUUACCUGAUGUCAUAGUAAAUGAAAAUGAUCUUUCAUUAAAGAAACUCGAAGAAUAUCAAAUGGAGCUUCAAAGGCUUCAUGCUGACAAGAGUGACAGGCUUGAAAAGGUGAAAAACUAUAUUAGCACAAUUCAGCACUUGGCAGCAAUAUUAGGAAUGGAUUCAUCGAUGAUCAUAACAAAGGUUCACCCGAGCUUGAACGAAUUAUCUGGUCUCUCAAAGAACAUGAGUGAUCAAAUUUUGAACAAACUCAAUAGUACAGUGGAAUCCCUGAAAGCAGAAAAGUAUUCGCGGAUUGAAAAGCUAGAUAAUCUUUGGAACUCUUUGAAUAACUUAUGGGCUCUAAUGGACACCCCUUUGCAUGAACGCCAACAAUUUUCGCAUAUUUCAAGUUCAGUAAAUUUGACAAACAUCUUUACUCCUGGAAGCCUAGCCAUCACAAUGAUCGAGCAGGCGGAGUCUGAAGUUGAAAGACUAGAUCAACUGAAAGCAACAAAAAUGAAAGAACUUCUCAUAAGGAAGCGGACCGAGCUUGAAGAGAUAUGUAGCCGAUCACAUAUGGAGGUCCCUUCACUAUCACAUAUGGACCAUAUCAUUAAUUUGAUAGACCAUGGGGAAAUGGACUAUGCUGAUCUCUUAAAGAGCCUGGAUGAGCAAAUAUUUAGAGCUGAAGAGGAAGCAUUAAGCAGGAAAAUGAUAAUGGAGAAGGUCGAAAAAUGGGCAUUAGCACGAGAUGAAGAACGUUGGUUAGAAGAAUAUAACAUGGACGAAAAUAGGUAUUCAGUCAGUAGAGGUGCUCACAAGAAUCUAAAACGGGCAGAACGUGCCCGAGUGAUGGUCAACAAACUACCAGCUUUGGUGGAGUCACUAAUUGCAAAGACGAAAAGUUGGGAAGAAGAAAGAAAGAAGGUGUUUUUAUACGACGAGGUGCCUUUAUUGGCUUUGAUGAAAGAGUACAAUAUGUCAAGACGAGAAAAGGAAGAAGAAAGGCAACAUCGUCAAAGGGAAAAGAAACUGAUACAAAUGAAAGGAGUGGUGUUGCAUGAGAGUGUAAUGUCGACCCGACCCAUCACGAGCUCAAAUCGCCGAUUAGACCAAAGUAUCAAUGGUGGGUUCAAAAGGGUUCCGACAGGCAUACAACAACAACAAGAAACCAGCAGCAAUGUGAAAUACUCACACUAUCAAAAGGCACCCUUUGUAAAUGAUGGGAGGGGAUGUCCUCCUCAAGUACCAAAGAAAAUUUAUCGUAGUCGCCUUGAUCAUCUUCCUCAUAUUAUUAGGGACGAUCAAGCUUCUGUGGUCUCAUCGUUUUCAAGUUAUCGAUCACCUUGACUACAUAUAUUAUUCCUCAUUGUUAUGCUAAUCUAAAAGUCUAUCAUUGUCAUUGUAUGAUAAUAUAUUUGAUUGAUGUGUUACAUGAUUGAUUUA